AUGAUUUUGCUGUACCUGCCUAAACCCAUUUAUAAUACUGAUUGGCGUCAAAGGCCGUCGAUUCCACCUCGUCGUGGAAAACAUUACGAUAAUUUAAAAGUUGGACCUCCUGUUACAGCAUAUGUUUAUCCACCGACAAUUUUUGGUCGCUUAUUAAGAGUCAUAUGGGGUGAAAAUCCUUUUUGGGAAAUUUCUCAAUCAUCUAUUGAUAUCAAUGAUUAUUUACCCAUUUGUUUACAUCCUUCUCCACUUCCAACAAUAACUGACCAUAUAAAACAUAAAACACUUUGUGCUAGACCAAUUAUUUGGAUUGUACGCAGAUCUCAAGUGCAAGCGCAUCCCAGAUACCGAUCAGCUGAUAAGAAACGAUUAAUUGACGAACUUCCAAUGGAUCAAAAAUAUAAUUUUACUUUAAUUGGAGAUGGUCGUCUUGCAUUUGCUAAAAUUCCACAUACAAAACUCAAAUAUCCCUAUCGAUUAUUGAGUAAACAUAUUGCUCUUGCUAAACAUUCCUCUGAUGUACGAUUUGCGGGUGAAAUGAAAAAAACUAAUAAUGGUGAAACAUUACUUAUUAAUAAUAACUCUGGUACUUAUAGACCUGAUGAUAAAAUGGUUCCGUCAGCUGUGUCUUAUUUUCAACGACUCUUUCCUCAUUUACUUGUACGUGGAAUACCAAGAGAUUAA